AGUCUUUGACUCUAUCAGUCUCUCUCUCGUCUUUAUACGCCUCUCUCUCCCUCUCUCCCAGUCUCUCUCUGGUCUUUAUAUACGCCUCUCUCUCUCAAAGUCCGAGAUAAAACACAAGAGCAACACUCCUUUCCUUAUCAGUGAUUGACUUGCUCCUCACGUUCCACUUUGUUCCCAGAGCAUAUCUUAUAGAACAUCAACAAUUUAAACAACUACAAAACCAAUAUCUACUUUGUUACUUAAUCAUCUAGCUCCCUCACAUCUCCACAGAUGAUGCAUCCAAAAAAAUUGAUGAAGCCAUCGAGUCGUAAGCCCAAGAAAUUCUUGCACAAAAUUGUGCGCGUCUCGGUCACAGAUCCUGAUGCUACUGAUUCUUCAAGUGAUGAGGAGGGCGGAAGUUUUCAUAAGCCUAGGGUUAAGAAAUAUGUGAGAGAGAUUAUAGUCGAAGCCACCGGAGUGGUCUCCAGAAGAAAAGUGAAGGAGAACCUUAAGAGAGUGGCAGCUCCGGCUGGGAGAAAAUUCCGGGGUGUCAGACGGAGGCCGUGGGGGAAAUUUGCUGCGGAGAUCAGAGAUCCAGUGCAACGAGUGAGGUUAUGGUUAGGGACUUUUGACACUGCAGAAGAGGCUGCUAGGGUUUAUGAUACAGCUGCUUUGAGAAUUCGAGGUCCGGAUGCCUUGACUAAUUUUAUCCAUCCUACAGAAAAACCAGAGAAUAAAAUUCUUGAUGAGAUCUCGAAUGUUGCUUCUCCAACAUCAGUUUUGAGCCUGUUUGAAAUGGAAGCAGAAGAGUACUCUAAACACGAAAAUAAUUACACAAGUCCGUGUCUGACAGUGGACAAUUCGGACGUGGAUCAUAUGUCUGAGUGUCAGUGUCGCGAGCCGUUUAGUUUUCCUAAUGAGCCUAUUUUCCCGAAUGAUGAUUUUUCGAGCCAAGAAUACGAGAUUCCAUCUCCGUUCCACGAGGCUUGUCUCAGAUACGGGUUUUCAUUUUAUCAGAAAACGGGAAUAGAUGAUUUUGAUAUUCCAAUUCAACUAGAAGAGGCCGGAAUCUAUACUGACAAGGACGAUUCGAGGAUUCCAUAUGAUCUGAAACUUGAAAUUGGUUCACCAUUGUCAUCGGAUGUUGGUGAUUACUUUGAAGAGAAUUUGUCAAGUUGAUCUCUUGAUAGUUAUAUAUAUUGUCUUUGUUUUGCCAGGUGAUUGCAGUUUUACUGCUAAUUUUGUGUACAGCCACCAUUAUAUUCUGGCGCCAUUAGUUUUUUCAAUUAA